AUGACGAAAAGCUACAUGGAUCUGGUAGAGGAAUGUGACAACUUUCCGUACUACCAGGAAACUGUUGAAGACAAGGCCAAACUAAAGUCUAAAUACUUUGCAUUAUGUCUCACCAAUGGAAAUUCUCUCACUGAACCAUAUGGCUAUCUACCUACAUGGGUCGUUGAUAAGAUGCCCUGGGAGGAUCGCUGGGACAUUGAUCAUGAGAGGAAAAUAGUCACGCCUAAGACGAGCGCAGAUAAUUGGGCGUCCCAGAACCAAAUUAUUCGUGACACUUUGCUGCAAGCUCGACAACUCAAGAUUUUCAAAGUCCUGGCCGGCUGGCGGAGUGAGCUCUAUCCGGUCCACGGAAAAAGGACCGAAGGAGAGGAGCCGAUCGUGAUGGAACGGGCAGGAACUGCUCUGUUUGGCAUUAACACUUACGGCGUCCACCUGACGGUGUACACUCAUACUACGGAGGGCAUGCGGAUAUGGGUGCCGAGAAGAGCCCGUUCUAAGCAAACCUACGGUGGUAUGCUCGAUAAUACAGUGGCAGGCGGUCUUGCAGCGGGAGAGGAACCCUUCGAGUGUCUGGUGCGCGAGGCUGACGAAGAGGCAUCGCUAUCUGAGCAGCUUGUUCGAUCGAAUGCCAAGGCGUGUGGAAUCGUCAGCUAUGUGCAUGUUCGAGACGAGCGAGCUGGAGGAGAAACUGGUUUGCUUCAGCCAGAGUGCCAAUACGUGUACGAUAUGGAAGUAGGUCCUGGUGUUCAACCCAGACCGAACGAUGAGGAGGUUGAGGAAUUCUACCUUUGGACCGUUGAUGAGGUGAAACAAGGGUUAGCGACAGGGCAAUUCAAGCCCAAUUGUGCGUUGGUGCUAUUAGACUUCUUCACUCCACCGAAGACUUCCAUUUCCCACGACAUUGUCGUGCUGAAUGCCACUGCCGAUUCAAAACCACAAAGACAUGAUCAUAAUUCCCUAACGCCAUCGCCUGAACCCAGUAUUGCAUCAAUCAGAUCGGUCAAUGCUUGCUUCUUUAAUCCUUAUUUCUUCAAGCAGAGGUAUACGUAG